UAUAAGCCCCCGUGCAGCCUUCACUAUCCAGCAGUCAACGUCUCAAGAAGUCCCAACAAAAAAUGCAGAGCCUAAAGCUACAAUCUUUAGCUUGGAGAUCUCGCCCAUCCCUUCGCUUUCUCCCCCAUCACCGUCGCCUCUCGGCCUCUGUCGCCGCCGCGACCGCCAUCCAAGACGACAAUCUCCAGAACCAAGUCCUUGUGGAGGGCAAAGCCAGUGCUCGAGCAGCGAUUCUCAACAGGCCAAAUUCGCUAAAUGCUCUCACGAGCAAUAUGGGGAUUCGGCUGAAGAAGUUGUAUGAGUCUUGGGAGGAUAAUGCUGAUAUUGGGUUUGUUAUGAUGAAGGGAAGUGGCAGAGCUUUCAGCGCAGGUGGAGAUGUUAUCAGUCUCUAUCACUUGAUAAAUCAAGGCAAAUUUGAGGAGUGCAAGGAUUUGUUCAGGAACAUAUACUCAUUUAUUUACACUCUGGGGACAUAUUUAAAGCCACAUGUGGCUGUCCUAGAUGGUAUUACCAUGGGAGGGGGAGGAGGAAUUUCGGUUCCUGGGACAUUUCGUAUUGCGACGGAUAAAACUGUUUUCUCCACUCCUGAAAUUCAUAUUGGCUUCCAUCCUGAUGCUGCAGCUUCCUUCUACCUUUCACAUCUCACCGGUUAUGUAGGGGAAUACUUGGCUCUGACAGGUGAGAAGAUCAAUGGAGUUGACAUGCUUGCUUUGGGCCUUGCUACACAUUAUUCGAUGAGUGCUAGGCUUAGUUGGAUCGAUGAACGGCUUGCAAAGUUGGUUACAGAUGAUCCUUCAGUCUUAGACUCUUCUCUUGCACAAUAUGGUGAUGUUGUCUAUCCAGAUAAACAGAGCAUCGUUCAUAGGCUAGAGGCAAUUGAUAGAUGUUUUAGCCGUGAAACAGUUGAGGAAAUAAUUGAUGCUUUGGAAGAAGAGGCAGCUAGGUCGAAUCAGGAUUGGUGUCAUCGUGCACUCAAGAAACUCAAAGAGGCUUCUCCAUUGAGUUUGAAGGUUUCCCUGAGAUCUAUAAGAGAAGGCAGAUAUCAGACACUUGACGAAUGCCUCAUUCGGGAAUAUCGAAUGUCUCUACAUGUAAUUUCAAAAGAGGUCUCGCCCGACUUUUGUGAGGGUAUUCGGGCAAGAUUAGUUGAGAAAGACAUAGAACCGAAGUGGGAUCCUCCCACACUGAAGCACGUAUCAGAUGAUAUGGUUGACCAUUAUUUUUCACCAUUGGGCGAGUUCGAGCCUGAACUGAAGCUGCCAACUCAUUUGCGCGAAGCUUUCAUCUGAUCAUUGGGGAAAUUGCUGUUUUGGUAUCAGCUUAUACCCUCAAGAAAAAAAGGAAACCCAAUUACUUUCUUUUGGUUAAAUAUUUUCUUGUAUCCUAUCCGCAGAUUUUGAUCAAGCAUUAUUAUCCUAUGUGUUUUUAAGCUUUUCUUAAUGAUUUGAUACAGUGGUAUUCUGGUUGAUUGGUAACUAGACUUUGUAAUUGAUCAAGUAAUAUUUUUUUAUAAUUGAUCUCUCUUUCCUUUGGUGGACAAAUUUUGCAA